AUGGAAACCUUCUCAACACAACAACGCAAACACCACGACAUCAAUAUUACAACCAAAGAUGUUUCUUCACAAGGAUCCAAACCUGGCCCCAUUCGGUCCUGGCUAUGGGAGACUUUGUCAUUACUGUUGGCUCUCGGCUUGCUGAUAGCUACUAUCGUCAUUCCAGCACAGAACAACAAUAGAGUCUUGAAACCAUGGCCAUACGACAUUAGCCUCAACACAAUUAUUGCUAUCCUUAGCACCUUUAUGAGAGCUUCGAUGUUACUUGUCGUUGCUGAACUUGUUGGCCAGAUGGGAUGGAAUGCUAUGCAGAAGCCUCGUCCUGUUUCUGAUCUUCAUCAUUUCAAUAACGCCAGUCGUGGCAUCCUUGGGGCGAUCAAGUUAUUUUGGUCCGUCCCUCCACGCUUUGUGAGCAUUAUCGCUGCUCUUGUCAUUAUCAUAUCUCCCGCGAUCACUCCUUUUGCUCAGCAAUCUGUCAGCACAGUUCCUUGCUCAAGAACAGUUGAAGGAGCUCAGGCAUCUCUACCAAUCUCUCACCAUGUUCCUGGCGUCAAUUCGAGCUUCCAAACGAGUGCCGCCGGCAAUCACAUUUCAGGUGACAUGAAAGUCGCUAUGAUGAAUGGUCUUGUCAACCCUACGGGCAAGGAUACAGCCAUAGCAGCAACUUGCUCCACUGGAAAUUGCACAUUCCCAUCAAACUCCCAAGGGAUUACUCAUUCCUCAAUUGCCAUGUGCAGUGCCUGUAUUGACACUACGGAGCUCAUCAACCUGAAAGUUGGAAAAAAUAGUUCUGGAGACAAUGGUUACGUCGGCAAAGUUUACAACUACACUCUGCCAAAUGGACAGUGGAUUCAAGCUAUUGUCAACAGCCAGAUCAUGGUAAUGUCGGGAGAUUUAGAUUGGGCGCUCGACACCCCCGACUCCAGUUUUGCCGAGUUGGCCAAAGUCGCCAUUUCGAAUUUGACAACUUUAAGCUUCACACAGAGCGGUUGCAGCAAUGUGACCGAUAACAUGCACGCAACUUGUCCGGAGGAUAGGCUGAGCUCACGAACUCCAGAGUCACUGCGUUUUCAGAAUGCCAUAGCUACUUCAUGUGCCCUCUAUCCUUGCAUCAAGAAAUAUCACGCGAAAGUUGAGCAGGGAACAUUUAUCGAGAAGGUUGUUGAUGAGCAGCCCGUUGAUUACAACAGGGCUACCAACGACAUCGCAGGGGAUCGGAUCGGCAUACAAACGCCAUGUUUGAUCAAUGGCAAGGAAUAUAAACUUGCCAACUUUUCCCAAUCCAACAAUCCCUCAAGCACUGAAACAAUCGUCGCAGUUGACGGCACCAACUACACAGUCCCACUCCAGUGCGUCUACACGCUCACCUUUCGCUAUCGGCAAGGACUAGCAAACUUCAUUGAAUCUACCCUUUUCAAUACCGUUUGCUUGGCCAAUAUAUAUAGCGGCUCAAAAGAGCAGCUUGAUUGUGGUGACCAAUGGUGGCUACCUCCACUCUACAAUUCAACAUUCGAACGUCUAGAUGCUGCUUUUGAUUUGUUUGCGACCGCUGUAACAAACAACUUCCGCAAGCAGGGCGUAAGAGCCCCUUCCCUGGAAGGGACAGAUAAGGUCUCGGGUCAAGCUACAGAGAUGGCUAUCUGUACUGUGUUUGAUUGGCGGUGGGUGCUGUUACCGGCUGGUCUCAUGGCUAUCACGAUGGGCUUGUUGAUAAUUGCCGUUAUCCAAGGGUUCACUAAUCCAGGAAUGCCUGUGUGGAAGACUUCUAUUCUUCCAUUGUUGUUUUAUGGACCUAAUGUGGUACAUCAAACGCAGGAGACAGAUUUGGAUGAUUUGCAGAAAGAAGCCGGCAGGUUGAUAGUAAGGAUUGAACAUGAUGAGAGUGUCAGACUUGGACAGGUUGACACUAGAGGGACGGAAAGUUGA